AUGAUUAAACAAACCUCUUUCUACGCUUGCGGAAAGGGUUUUUUUCAAGAUUGUUUGCCCACUUGUUGUUCAUCAAAUACCACAAAACUACCAACAAGUGCAACAUCGGGAAUUAGUGAAUUGACCAAAAUCAAACUUUUCGAUCAUUUGUUUCAUGGUGACGAAGAAUUGAUCAAGAUUGAAAUUAAAGGCUUGAAUAUGAUCAUGCUCACCAAGUCAGGCUCUGUCUAUUUUACCAAUUCCAUGAUUAGAUAUCCAUCCCAAUUCACUCUUCCGAAUAAUAAUGAUGAAAAUCAUGCUCGGAUAUUUAUUGAUUGUUCUUUAGCAACGAGUCAUGCAUUGUUUUUGACGAGGGAAGGACACGUCUAUUCAUGGAAUUUGAAAAAGAAGACUUUGGAUGAUUGGAGUGGCAUCAAGAAAGUGGAACAUAGCUUUGAUUGUAGGAUUUUGAGAGUUUUGGCAUUUGAUAAUGGUCAAUCGUACUUUAUUGGGUUGAAUAUGAAAGUUUAUAUGAGUGAAGGUGGAGGAUUACCAAAAAUUAUUGAUAUUCGAAAGAUUCAACUGUGUGAAGAGAAGGCAUUUGUGUUUGGCUGUGACAAAGAAGAGCAAUAUUUCAAAAAGUUAGAUAGAGUGAGAGUGACCAAUUAUCAUGAGGUUGACCAGUCAGAUGAGAAUAUUUUUCUGGUGGGAGAGGUUUAUACUUACAGAUACGAAAUGGGAAGUUUUGUUUGCUUCAAUGUAUCGAAUGGUGAAAAAAUUGUGGACAUGUCAUGUUCUAAUAACCAUAUGAUUAUCGCAACAAAUCAGAAUAGACUUUUGGCCAUGGGACAUAAUAUAUCAGGUCAACUAGGUGCCAAGCAUUUUAAUACCAUGUUUUAUAAUGAUAAUUGUGAGAUGAUUCUGCCAUUUGAAAGAGAGGAAGAUGAUAAGAUUAUAUUGGCUACGGAUGAUAAUAUGACCUUGGUUGCUCAUACACGGUUAGUUAAGAAGCAAUACAUGAAUUAUCCAUCUCUUUUUAAAAAUAUUGAGAGCUUGACAGUUGGAAAUUUCAUUCCAUUGAUUGAGUUGAUCUCCAAGGAUUGCUCAAAUUUGAUUAAGAAUGACAAUUUUCAAUCCUCUCUCAAUGUGGAAGAAAAACAGUUAUUUAUCAAAUUGUUGGAAUUUUUUUCUUUCACAUUGUUUGAUUUUAAUUCAAUUGAAGAUGAAAGCUUCACAGAUUUAUUACAUGUAGAUUUUAAAAAAGAUAUUAAGAGUACUAUAACAACUCUCUUCCUUCUCAAUGACAUUUCAGAUAUUGGCAGCAGAAUUAAGGAAACUCUAUUCUUAAUCUUUGUAGAACAAAUUAGUUUGGAAAAUGUAUUGGAUUCAUUAGAACAAAUAUCAAAAUAUUUGAGUAUGAAGGUCUUGACUAAUUCCAAGACUAGUGUACUAAUGGUGGCAGUUAAAGCAUGCUUUACAUUUAUGAAAAAGAAUUAUCAAUCAGUUUCUGGAUUGUACAAGAAUAAUCCACAUUUUCAAAAGAUUGACACGAAAGUGCAACAAUGCAAGAAUUCCUCACUUUUAGAAAUUUCAAUUACUUGGAUUGACCCAUAUGAAUGUAAUACCCCAUCUGCUGAAGUUAUUAACAAUCUUUACAACAAGGGAGAGUUGUCAUUUAUUGUGGAUCAUUUAGGAGAAAGGAUAGUCAAGGUACACAAAUCAAUAAUUUCCUCUAGUCCUGUGCUUGGUACAUUGACUGAUGAUGUUUUUGGAAAUUCAGAUUCUGAUACUUAUAACAUUUUUGAUUUUGUAAGAAAUUCACAGGAUUCUGAAGAGGAAAUGGUAUUAAAAUCGAAUGCCAUUGAGUUUAUCUUACAGGCAUGUUACAUGAACAUGAAAUCAAUUGAUAAUUCUGAUUUUAGACAAUUGAUUCAUGUAUUCCUCAUAGCACACCAAUUCCAAAUUGAACACAUUCUAAAAUAUUCUGUUCACAAGCUCUUAGACCAAAUGAGUGUUGAUAAUUUUGAAAAUCUCCUCUACAUUGCCUCGAUGGCCGAACAAGAGGAAUGGAGUACUGAUUUUCUGGACCGAUUGACUGUAGAAUAUUUGAGAAAUGUGGAACCUUUACAAGUGUCAUUCCAAGCUGAUACUGAAUUUAAGAAAAAGCUCUUGGAAUACAGCAAGAGUUUCUCCAAGACAGCAUCCCUUUCUGUUGCAUUACCAAAACCAACACUAGACAAAUUCCACUUCUCUAGGCAGGUAUUUUUCACAGCUUGUAAUCUCCAAAGUUUUUAAUGCAUUGGAUUAAGUGAUAAUCACUUUGUCCAAUUGGAUGACUGUUAAACAGUAGCACUCAGUGCAAGAGAGUGUGAACUUUUAAUGGUACUAACAAGAAGAAAUUUCUUAGAGGGUAAUGAAAGCAAGAAUGAAGAGUGACGAUUGGCAAUUCUUAUAUUGUUCUCUCUUUGCUUUGUACUAUUAUUUUCUCAGAAAUUCACAAUUGUUCCGAUAUCUUUCAGUCAACAGCAAAUUCUUCAUCAAAAAUUUUUCAUCAAAUAUUUUGAAUAACCUCAAAAAAACGAUUUUCAAAUAAAAUUUAAAAUUAU